CACUGAUAAUGGAAACAGCUCAGCAACCUGAAGACAUGACCUCCAUUGACAAAUCAGCUAAUGAGGACUCUCUGGAAAAACAUUUGAACCGCUCCAUCUGCAUGCAAACAUCUACCAAUUUUUUGACCACAUCUUGUGGUCAGUCCUUCUGCAAGAGGUGCCUAGAGCUCAGCAUCUCCUCAAGUGAAGACACGUGUCCUCUUUGCACAACGCAAUUGAGGAAAGCCCCUGAGGUGAAUGAUGUCUGUACUGGGGCCGCUGGAGAAGUGCCCUGUGAUCACUGCAUGGAGCCAAAGAAGAAGGCUAAGAAGUCCUGCCUUGUGUGUCUGGCCUCGUAUUGUUCAUCACACUUAAAGAAUCAUUAUUCAACUGAAAGGCUGAAGGGGCACAAAUUGGUGGAACCAGUGCAGAACCUAGAUGCAAGGGCUUGUCUGACUCAUGGAUACCCGCUUGAGCUUUACAGCAGGAACCUGCAGAUGUGUAUUUGUGCUCGAUGUUUGGAUGGACGUCUGGAAGGAGUUGUUUCAGCUGAAGAGGAAUGGCAAAAGAAGAAGGAUGAAAUCGAGAACACCAAGGCAGAGUUACAACAUAGAAUUAAGACAAGACAAACAAAGAUUGAUGAGAUCAAUGAAGCUCUAAAGAACUGUAAGGGGCAUAUUGAGAAGGAGUGGUGGGAUAUUGAUGCUCUGUUCACAGCUGUGCUUGCCAUUGUAAAGGCAGCAAAGGAAAAAGCACUGGACCCACUUGAAGACAAGUUGCAGCUACUGAAUAAAGAGUCAAAAAAUCUCAAAGAUGAGUUGGAAGAUGAAAUCAGCGAACUCGAGGCAACAAUCUCAAAGCUAGACGACAUAUCUGCACUUGAAGAUUACAUCCUUUUUUUGCAGAGGUACCCGUUACUUUCAGUCCAGCAUGACAUGAAAGACUGGACAGACGUUGAACUUGACACCUCACUGUCUUUUGGCUCCAUGAGAGAAACCACAACAACAAUGAUUGAAAAUAUUGAGAAGGAGCUGGAGAAGCUGGCCACCAUUGAACUUAUGAGAUUCCCACAUUUUACAGUGGAUGUGACGAUGGACCCAGACACUGCGCACCAGCGCCUUUUUUUUUCUGAUGACUGCAGCAAAAUGAAAGAUAGAGGAGAAAACCUGGAAGUACCUGAUUCCCUGAAGAGAUUUGACGUGCUUGGCAGCGUCCUGGGACUCAACGGCUUGACAGCUGGGAAGUCAUACUGGGAGGUGGAGGUCAGCAACAAAACCGGGUGGGAUCUAGGCAUAGCCAGAGGCAGCGCCAACCGUAGGGGAAGACUGACUUUGAACCCAGAUAACGGCUACUGGGUUCUGGUACAUUUUGAAGCGUGUGAUGUACCCAAACCACAUGCAGCAUAUGCAGCCAUGACAGCCCCGCCUCUUUGUCUUUCCCUUAAAGACAAACCACAGAAAGUUGGGGUGUUUGUGGACUACGAGGAAGGCCUCGUGUCCUUCUACGACGUGAAGACCCGGUCUCAUAUCUACUCAUUCUCCAAGUGCUCAUUCAAAGACAAGCUUUAUCCAUAUUUCAGUCUACAUAUGAAAUAUGAGAUAAACUCUGAGCCUUUGGUUAUUUCAAAAAUGAAACAUUCAAAAAUGUAUUAUAGAUAGAAACACUUGUUCUUCCAUUUUUGCCCAGCCAGGGUAUUCACUACUGAUGAUACAAGACCUAAUUUUGUUUUGUAGAAGAAGAGAAAUUUUCAGGUUAAUGUAAACGCGUUUGCAAAUGAACGAAUGAGAGUUGCAAUCUAGGUUAAAGGAUCACACUAUCCUUAUUAUGCCCAAGGGGCAAUUAGUUUUACAGCAGGCAGGAUUUGAGGGUCAGUGAAACUAGGAAAGCACUAUAUAAAUGAAUCUGCUUGUUUUAAUUCAGACUUCACCUUACGGUUUUACAGUUAUUCUCACAGUUUUUUGUAACUGCAUGUACAUUUCUUUAUUUUUUGUGCCUUUGUAUAAUCAUCCUUAAUGUCUAUUUUCUUUGCUGCCAUUGAUGUCUGUCUGCUUGAGGAAAUAAUGUUAGAUUUAGCUACAGGAACUUCAGUCAUUCCAACAUUUAAAUAACACCUGAGUCUUAAGUUAGUUUUGAGGACAGACAGAGAGUCUAUAUGGUAUUGCUUAACAGCACGUAGGUAAGUUAAGGUUAGUACAAAAGGCAGCUGAAUUUAGAACAACUUGUUGGUCUUUUGUUGUUGAUGUCCAAUCUAAGUAAACUGUUCCUUAAAUAAAGCCUGGUGUCUCUUGGUAGUCUCUAA